AUGAAGCGCUUGGGCUACAGAAAAUCUCGCAACGGCUGUUUGCGUUGGAUCAGCAUCGGCGCUGAGGCGACGGACAAGCGCGCACUCCUUAAUAACUACAUCGCCGCAGCGGACCCUUUCCCCUACUUCUCGAGGUUUCUGACCGACCUCAACAAGACAGAGACAGCUAGCGGCUGGAUCUCUGAUCUCGAGCUAAUGCACCACUAUACUUCCGUAUCAUACCAAACAUUUUCGCACUCCUCCGUUGGCCAGAAGGCACUCCAGUAUGACGUGCCUCGUGAAGCACUCUCCUAUCCUUUUCUACUUCACCAAAUUCUCGCCUUUUCGGCCUACCAUCUAGCAUACCUCCAGCCUGAAUGCCGCCAUGCCUACCUCAUGCAAGCCGCCCAACAUCAGAAUGACGCCAUAAACGGUAUGCGAGGGACCUUGCUAGGCACGAUCUCGCCUGCGAACUGUCACGCUCUUUUUGCCUCUUCGAUCUUUCUCACCCUGAGUGCCUUUGCCACCUACCCCAGCUACGAGAAACACAACCCAUCCUUCUCGCCUAUCGAUAGUAUUCUCGACAUCUUUACCCUGGCGGACGGCAUAAGCGUGAUCAUCCGCGCGUCAGACGAAGAUCUACGCAAGGGUCGACUGCGCGAGAUCUUUAUACGCGGCGCCGGCGACACUACACCCACGACAGUAGAGGCAACGCUCCAGCCCCUAUUCGACCGACUCCCCAGCUUGAGCACUAAGCUAGCCGAGAUCGGCCUGCUUGAACACGAAGGGAAGUAUGCAAUUGUCAACGCCAUCAUAGCCUUGAUCAAAUGCAUCGCGAAGGUCUCCCCCGUUAAUGCCAUGUCGGCACCAGUGGAGUUCCGCGCUGUAUUCUUGUGGCCAAUCAUGAUGUCUGCGGACUACCUUGAUUUACUUCGACAACGACAGCCAGCGGCCUUGGUAGUUCUGGCACAUUACUGUGUCAUCAUUUACCUGGCCGAACCUUUUUCUGGCUGGGACGCCCUUGGCAGAGCUGGUAAUGUGGCCCAUGGAGGUAAUUGGAACCGGUAG